CUAGUGAAACCGACGCGCGGCGCCUCCACGGCCGGUGCGGCAGACACCUGACGGCUGACGCGCCAACGCCUGGCUGGUGCUCCUGCCGCACGGUGGCGAGGCGACUUUCCGCCCCUCCGCCCGCCCGGUCUCGCACGCCACGCGUACGCCGCGAAGGACUCCUCCCCCUCCCCUCCACCGCUCCCCGCUUUAUCCCUCCUCCGCCUACCCCACUAGGCCACUACCGCUCGGCUGCUUCUCACGGGGGAUCCUUCCGAGAACUUGCGGUGCCUGGCGAGCGAUCUCGCCCUGUGGUGUCGCCCGUCCUCGCCGGCGCCGAGAAGCGGGAUCCCGAUUCCCGAGCGGCCGGUUCGAUUGUAGAUUUCUCGAGUUCUAGAUCCCUCGUCGGCGCUUGUCUGGUGUUGUUUUGGACGACUGGACGUGAGGAAAUUUGGUAGAUUUCGAUCUGCCCCCCUGGAAUUCUAGCGAUUUUUCCACUGGUUACCCUCCUGGAAGGUAGGAACCGCAGGUGUUUCAGUUACAUAUCUGAUAGAGUCGUCCCCCUUCAGUUAGCAAAAUGUCAUUUCUAUGGAAGUCAGGCAAUGGUGGUACAACGGAGAAAACCUUGACCCUGGAAGAACAGCAAGAGAAAAUAAAUGAGGUACGAAAGCAACUUGAAGAACCCUCGUCCCUAGCAAUACAGGGUUUCCUUUCGGAUGCUUCGAUACUGAGAUUCCUUCGAGCUAGAAACUGGAAUGUGCAGAAAUCGAGUAAAAUGCUGAAAUCAGCUGUGAAGUGGCGGGCAGCAUACAAGCCAGAAAUGAUUUCCUGGGAAGAAAUUGCACAUGAAGCAGAGACUGGAAAGAUAUAUAGGGCUGACUACAAGGACAAACUUGGAAGAACUGUUCUUGUUCUGAGGCCAGGCUUAGAGAAUACUACCUCGGGGAAGGAACAAAUUAAGUAUCUUGUUUACUCUCUGGAGAAAGCGAUUAUGAAUCUGACGGAUGAUCAGGAGAAGAUGGUGUGGAUGAUAGACUUCCAGGGCUGGACCAUGGGAAGCACACCGUUGAAGGUGACCCGGGAGACCGUGAGUGUCUUGCAAGACUGUUAUCCCGAGAGAUUGGGACUUGCAAUCCUAUACAAUCCUCCUAGAUUAUUUGAGUCUUUCUAUAAGAUAGUGAAGCCAUUCUUGGACCAUGAGACUAGCAAGAAGGUGAAGUUUGUGUACUCCAACGAUAAGGAGAGCCAGAAGAUAAUGGCAGAGGUCUUUGACAUGGACAAGCUCGACUCGGCAUUCGGAGGAAGGAAUCUAGCCACCUUUGAAUACAGCAGCUAUGCGGAACAAAUGAAAGAGGAUGACAAGAAGAUGCAAUCUAAUGAUGCGAGCUCUGACGCCUCAAGCGAGGCUUCCUUCUACAGCGGAACAGAUUCCCCGAAGCACGAAGAUGGAGGGCACGGCGCGACGAAGAAGGCCUGCGCCACUUAAACUGCUAAUAGUUGCUCUAUUUGAAAGAUGUGUAGUAAGAAUAUACACAAUCAUCUAGCUAGACCUUUUGCGCCAGUGUUUAUCCUUUUGUCGGUCACAUUUUCGGGUCCAAGACUUGGAAUGUUCUCUGCCCGUGGUAUCAUAGAAGAUCAGGAAGAGAAAGCUUGGGCCAGAACGUGUGAUGCAUUGACAUCUAGUAUCAAGUAACAUAAAUGAGAAAUAUUACGAGGGCUGCCCUGUUGCAGGCGCUUCUAUACGAAAUAAUUUGAUGUUCAGCUCAUGUGUUCCAUGAGCAGACUAA